AUGCGGGCGGCGGGGCUGCAGCCAAAUGUGGUGCUCUGGCACAACCUGCUGGACUGCCAGGCCAAGGCGGGGCUGCCCGACGCCGCGCUUUCCACCUACCGCGCCAUGCGCGCCGCGGGCGCCGCCCCCACCUCCUGGACCUUCUCAAUGUUGGUCUCCGCCUGCGGGCGGGCGGGGCAGGCGCAGCGCGCGGCCGAGGUGGUGGAGCGCCUCAUGCCGCAGGCGGGCGUCGCCCCCGAGCUGCCCGUGUGGAACGCGCUGCUGGGGGCGUACGGGCGGGCGGGCAGCGUGGAUGCCGCCUACGCAGCUUGGGUGCAGAUGCUGGAGUCAGGCGCCGUGCCAGAUGACUGUACCGAGAGGGUGCUGGCGCUGGCCUUUGGCAGCCACCCCGCGCUGGCGGCAGAGGUGGUGGCAGAGGCGAGGGCCAUCCAGGUGCAGCGCCUGCGGGCGGCUGCUGAGGUGGCGGCCAGCCGGGGGCAGGCGCACGCGCAGGCCCAGGCCGGCAGCGGCGAAAACGGCAGCCAGCAGCAGCAGCAGCGGCAGCAGCAGCAGCAGCGGGAGGAGGCAGGAGAGGCGGGAGCUUGGGAGCAGCAGGGAGGCAGUGGGCAGGCAGGUGCGGGCCCCGGCGCAGACGGCGGUACCGUGGAAGCUGGGCGGGGCGACCGGGCGCCGUACCGCCUGCACCAGCACCGCCAGUCCCGCCUGGAAAUGGACCAGCUGGUCCCUCGCACCGCGAGCAAGAACCCCUUGGGACUGCUGCUGGGAGGCGGCAGGCUGCCGGCUGCCGCCGCAGCAGGGGCAGCGGCAGGGGGGCCGGAGGCUGCCGCGGCGGCAGCGGGCGAGGAGGCCGCGCUGGGCGAGGCGUGGGUGCGUUCGCUGCUGCUGCUGGACCUUCACGGCAGCUCCCAGGCAGCUGCCCGCAUGGUACUGCUGCGGAGGCUGGAGACGCUGGUGAUGCAAGCGCCCGAGGUGAUUGCAGAGGUGGGCCGCAUGGAGCAGCGCUGGCUGCAGGAGCAGGCGCGCCUGCAGCAGCUGCGCGAGCGGCGCCACGCCACGCGCCAGCUGCAGCGGCAGCUGCAGCGGGAGGCUGGCGAGCUCCUGUCGGGCGUCGAGGGCUCACCUGGCAGCGGCAGCGACGGCAACACCGGCGGCAGCGACAGUAGGAGCAGUGACGGGGGAGGAGGGGAGGCAGCACACGACCAGCGCCAGCAACGGCAGUGGGCUGGCGUCGGCAACGACGUGUGGCCCGCUCUUGGCCAGCAGUGGGCGCCACAGCAGCCGCCGCCGCCGCAGCAGGAUGCGGCAGGCUCCCAGGCGGCGGUGGCAGGAAGGGCGGCAGGCGCGGCGGUCAGCAUGACGCCGCCGGCCCGCCGGGGCGUGCAGUGGGUGCCCGGUCAUCGCCCCCAGCGCUUCCCUCCCCCGGCGCUGGUGGUGGUCACCGGCAUGGGGCUGCACAGCAGGGGCAGCCGCGGCGGUGUGCUCAAGGCGGCCGUGCGAGAGCUGCUGCUGCAGCAGGGGCUGCCGGCACGAGACGCCCCCGACAACGACGGUGGGGCGGCCGGGCUGGGCGGCGGCGGCGCGUGCGUGGUGACGGUGUCCUGGGCCCCGCUGGCCGCCUACCUGCGCCGCCAGCGCAGCGCCAUGCACACCGACCGCUUCCUCACAGCAGGUCCGCUGUAG